ACCGAUGAGAUCGGUUCGUCAGUGUCAUAAGCAGCUAAAAAUAAGCCGAAAAAUAGAAUAAUAUCGGACUUUAUCGGCCGCAGAGGCUUGCUUUCGUCGAAAACUCUUCUGUAGUGAGGAAAUGAUACAGUAGAGCGUCUUUUAAGACACAUCAGCAUAAUGUCAGGGAACAGCUUGGUGCUACCCAUAGUGCUCUGGGGCCGCACAGCUCCUACCCAUUGCAUCAGCAGCCUGCUGGUGAUGGACGACUUCAGCACCAUCAUCACUGGCUGCCAUGAUGGACAGAUCUGCCUCUGGGACAUGACACCUGAGCUCGAGAUUUGUCCUAGAGCCAUGUUGUUUGGCCACACCGCCUCCAUCACCUGUCUGUCCAAAGCCAGCGCUUGCAGUGACAAGCAGUACAUUGUCAGUGCUUCGGAGAGUGGAGAGAUGUGUUUAUGGGAUGUGAAUGAUGGACGCUGCAUUGAGUUCACAAAGCUGGCCUGUGCUCACACUGGCAUAAAUUUCUACCAGUUUACUAUUGGCACUGAGAGAGAGGGACGUCUGCUCUGUAAUGGCCAUUACCCAGAAAUCCUUGUGAUUGAUGCUACCAGCCUGGAGGUCCUGUACUCUCUGGUGUCCAAGAUCUCUCCUGACUGGAUCAGUUCCAUGAGCAUCAUCCGAUCACACAGAACACAAGAGGACACCGUGGUGGCUGUGUCUGUGACGGGCAUUUUAAAGGUGUGGAUCAUCACAGCUGAGGUCAGCAGGAUGCAGGACUUGGACCCUGUGUUUGAAGAAGAGUCCAAACCCAUCUACUGCCAGGGCUGUCAGAGUGUUUCCUUCUGCACUUUCACUCAGAGCAGCCUACUCGUCGUCUGUUCAAAGUACUGGAGGGUGUUUGAUGCGGCCGACUAUUCGUUGCUCUGCUCGGUGCCCAGUGAGAAUGACCAAGCCUGGACUGGAGGAGAGUUCAUUGCCGCUGAUAAAGUCAUCAUCUGGACUGAAGACGGCUGCAGUUACAUCUACAAGCUACCUGCCAGCUGUUCCCCUGCUAGUGAACAUUUCCGCAGUGAUGUUGGGAAAACUAAAGAAGGCUCGAUCCCUCCUCUGAUCUACAGUAUCACGGGUUUUUCAGACAAACAGCUCCUGAUCUGUCCUCCCGUGACUCGGUUCUUCUAUGGCCGACGGGAGCCGUUCCACAAGCUGCUGAUCCAGGGAGACUCAGCAGGCAGACUGUCCCUGUGGAGCAUCCCAGACGCUGCGCCCAGGCAGCCACAGCCCACGCCUGCAGAGCUGCAGGUGUCGUCCACCGUCAGUCUCCAGGAAGCGUUUGAUAAGUUGACACCUGUGUCUGCAGGAAUCAUUGACCAGCUCAGCGUCCUGCCUGGAAAAGAUGAACCCAUCAAGGUGACAGCCAGCGUUUACAUCCCGUCUCAGGGCCGCCUGGUCUGUGGGAGGGAAGAUGGCAGCAUCAUCCUGGUUCCUGCCACUCAGACUGCCAUCGUCCAGCUGCUGCAGGGGGAGCACAUGCUCAGGAGAGGCUGGCCUCCUCACCGCACCCUGCGAGGUCACAGAAACAAAGUGACCUGCGUCCUGUACCCAUACCAGAUCUCCCCUCGCUACGACCAGCGCUCACUGGUGUCUGGAGGAGUCGACUUCUCCGUCAUCGUGUGGGACAUUUUCACUGGAGAGAUGAAGCACAUCUUCUGUGUCCAUGGAGGAGAGAUCACGCAGCUCAUUGUCCCACCUGAAAACUGCAGCACUCGAGUGCAGCAUUGUGUCUGCUCAGUGGCCAGUGAUCACUCCGUUGGCCUGCUCAGUCUCAGAGAAAGGAAGUGCAUCAUGUUGGCCUCGAGACACCUCUUCCCCAUCCAGGUCAUCAAAUGGCGUCCCGCAGACGACUACCUGGUAGUGGGAUGUUCUGAUGGCUCUGUGUACGUGUGGCAGAUGGAUACAGGAGCUUUGGACCGCUGUGUGAUGGGUAUAACAGCCGUAGAGAUCCUGAAUGCAUGUGAUGAGCUCGCCCCAGCCACUGUGGACGCUCUGAGCCACUCUGCUGUGAACCUGAAGCAGGCGAUGACUCGACGCAGCCUGGCAGCACUGAAGAACAUGGCUCAACACAAACUGCAGACACUCGCCACCAACCUGCUGGCUGCAGACAACGCAGACAAGGGAAACCAGUCGAAAUACUCCCAUAAUGCCCUGGUUGUCCAGGCGAUGAAGACCAACCUGACGGAUCCCGACAUGCAUGUGCUGUUUUUCGACGUUGAGGCCGUCAUCAUCCAGCUGCUGACAGAGGAAGCACAAAGACCAAACCCCACACUGGUGUCUCCUGAGACGCUGCAGAAGAGCCAGGCAGGGGCUGACAAGGGGGGGUCGUUCCUGGCCAACAAGAUCUUCAAACAGGUAAAAGAGACGAUGAAGGAGACGAUCAAGGAGCACCUCCUGGAUGAAGACGAAGAAGAGGAGGAAGAGAUGAGGAGACGUGAGGAGAAGUCCAAGUCUCUGAGUCUGUUGGAGUACAAUCUGACAAUGGACACGGCCAAACUCUUCAUGUCCUGCCUGCACGCCUGGGGCCUGAAUGAGCAGCUGGACGGCAUCUGUCUGGAUCGUCUUGGCAUGCUCAGACCGCACUGCCCCAUCUCCUUUGGUCUGAUCUCACGCGGAGGUCACAUGUCCCUCAUGCUGCCUACCUUCAAGGAGUCUUUGCUACGUCAGUUGUCCCUGAUGACGGGCCUGAAGCUGACUUUGUCAGACAUUGUGGGGAAGGGGACAUACGGCGUUUCCAGGGCUGUCACUACACAACACCUUCUGUCUGUGAUCUCUCUCGCCAACACUCUGAUGGGAAUGACGAACGCCACCUUUGUGGGAGAGCACAUGAAGAAAGCCCCUGCCAGGCCUCCCAGACCAGGAGGAACCCCAGAGACUCCUCGCAGGGCGCAGGCGGCCCCCCCUCAGCCCUCCAACCCGGCGCUACAGGCCCAGAUCAAACAAGGUUGGAGCCAGCUGGCUGCCAUGCACUGUGUGAUGCUCCCUGACCUCCUCGGCCUGGACAAGUUCAGACCUCCUCUGUUGGAGAUGUUGGCGAGGAGAUGGCAGGACCGCUGUCUGGAGGUUCGCGAAGCAGCACAAGCCCUCCUGUUGGCUGAGUUAAGGAGGAUUGGUGUAUCAGGACGCAAGGACACCAUCGACAUGUGGGCUCCUUACCUACCUCAGUAUGUGGACACUGUCAGCUCCCCUGGGACGAGCACGGAGCCCUCCACCCCGGCGCCGCCUCCUCCAGAGGCUCAGCCAGUAGAAACAACGGCUCCUGCAGAGGAAAUGGACGUGACAGAUGAUGACAUCACAGCAGGCUGUUUGUCCAACCUUCCACCAAAUGCCAAGAAGAUCUCCAACUCAUACGAGGAGCGCCGCAAACAGGCCACUGCCAUUGUGCUGCUGGGGGUCAUCGGGGCCGAGUUUGGAGCUGAGAUUGAACCUCCGAAGGGUUCAGCACGAGCUCGAGCUGGUGGACAGGCACCUGAGGGCUUCGGACUGACGAGUGGAGGGUCAUCAAACUACUCACUGGCAAGACACACCUGUAAAGCUCUCACCUUCCUGCUGCUGCAGCCCCCCAGUCCUAAACUGCCCCCCCACAGCACCAUCCGCCGCACUGCCAUCGAUCUGAUCGGCCGAGGCUUCACAGUCUGGGAGCCGUAUAUGGAUGUGUCAGCGGUGCUCAUGGGACUUUUGGAGCUCUGCGCUGAUGCCGAGAAGCAGCUGGCCAAUAUUACUAUGGGGUUGCCCCUCAACCCACCUGCUGACUCUGCUCGCUCAGCUCGUCACGCCCUCUCUCUGAUCGCCACUGCCCGACCACCGGCCUUUAUCACCACCAUUGCAAGAGAGGUGCAUCGCUACAACGCAGCUCAAGCAAACUCUCAGUCUCAGCAGAACGUUCACACCACGACUCUGGCCAGAGCCAAAACUGAGAUCCUGCGAGUGAUCGACAUCCUGAUUGAGAAGAUGCCUGGAGAUGUUGUGGAUCUGCUGGUGGAGGUUAUGGAUAUCAUCAUGUAUUGUAUUGAAGGAUCUCUGGUGAAGAAGAAAGGACUACAGGAGUGUUUCCCUGCUAUUUGCAAGUUCUACAUGGUUGGCUACUGUGACCGCAGUCACCGCAUCGCUGUGGGAGCUCGCCAGGGUUCAGUGGCUCUCUAUGAUGUUCGCACUGGAAAAUGUCAGAACAUCCAUGGUCAUAAGGGUCCAAUCACCGCCGUCUCAUUCGCUCCUGAUGGACGUUAUCUGGCAACAUACUCCAACGCUGACAGUCACAUCUCCUUCUGGCAGAUGAACACCAGUCUGCUCGGCAGUAUUGGGAUGUUGAACUCGGCCCCUCAGCUUCGCUGCAUUAAAACCUACCAGGUUCCCCCGGUCCAGCCGGCCUCACCAGGCUCCCAGAACCACCUGAAACUCGCCCGCCUCAUCUGGACCUCCAACCGCAACGUCAUCCUGAUGGCCCACGAUGGCAAAGAGCACCGUUUCAUGGUCUAAAAAUCAUCUGUGUCUCCAGCUGAUCCAUGACCUGGACCAGUUUGAGAUUUUUACUCAACUUGUCCAGUCCAGGUCCAGGCUUGUAGUGGAUGAAUUAGUUUUAUCAGUCCUAGGUACCAUUGUAAAGAAGCGUAUUCCGUGAUGUGCAUAUUUAAAGCCACGAUAGAAGGCUUGUUUACAUAGUGAUCAUUGAUUACAUCAAUGAAAUUUUAGUUGUUGCCACCUUCUUGUCAUUCCUAUUUAUUUGCUUCUUUUGCAGCAUGUAGCAGAUCUCUGGAGUCAGUGAUGUUUAUCUAAAAUCAGUCUUUAGGUCACUGCUUUUUUGGUUUCCAACAAGUUUUUAUUUUGAAUGCAAAAUGGGAGCAUCUUAUCAUGAAACAGUUGUUAACUUAUUAAAAGAUUUUAUGGAUUAUAUUUGCAGAAAUGGUAUAUUACAGUGAGUCAAGUUUUGUUUUUAUUCUCUGCUCUUUAUAUUAAAGUUUGUUUCAGAGUCAGAAAGUAAAAUGACUUAAAAGGAAUUUCUUUCAAAGCAGAUUGAAGUGUAAAAAAAGCGUGGUAAAGGAACGACACUUUUCACAUUUCAAACUGCCCGUUCUCAUGUGAGCGACUUCUUUGCUGUUUGCUUUUAUUUUUCUGACACCUUGAGAGCUUUUCCAUCCUCUCAGAGCUUCACACAGAAAUGUGAGAGUUAUGUGUUUACACCCAAGUGUAUUUUCACAAACACACAUUCUCACUUCUUUCUAAAAGCAUGACCACAAUCACCCCUGACACACUGGAAUAACUCUGAGUUUAAAACAAUGAGAAGGACCAAGUCAUAUCAUCACUUAAGUCAUGUUUCAAGGCUAAUGAGGACAUUUUAUAGUUAAAAAGGAGCUCCUAGAGUAUUGUACCCCACUUCCUAUGGCUCUUUUCAGCCAGGUUAGUAUUUGGUCUGACAGAUUUUCCAUCCAAAAAUUCUUGCGUUGUAUUCUAUUUUGUUCUUAAAAAAUCUAAGGCAUUGGUCCAAAUUUUCUUCCAACAAUCCGUUGUUGUGCAUUUCUUCUUGGACUGUCUUUUACUUAAGGUCCCCUCAGAUGACUGGUAACCUAAAAUUCCUGGAAUCACAAAGUGUUUUGGACAUUAUGUAGUCAUUUUUCCAUGCAUAUAUAUUUAAGGAAGUUUUAAAAAAGGUUUGAGUCUCAAGGGGGAAAAAUUGUGUUAUAAAUUUAAAACUAGCUUCCUUAAAAGAAAUCAAAAACAGCUGAACUCACCGCUGGAUUUUGCUUAAAACAGUACAAAAAAAGUGAUGCACUUUUCAAAAUUUGGUUGUUAAAUGAAAUGCUUUUCUCCCCAGCUCCGACCAAAGAUAGGUUAGCAUGAUAAAUAAAUGUGUAUCGCCACUAAGCAUUGGAAAACAUGCUCUUCAUCAUGACUUUAGUUCAUCCUUUUUCUAUUAUUAAUUCACACAAGAGACACUAACUUCCACUAAUUCUCCUUAAAGCCUGAACAACAAGCUAAAGUCACCCAGUGAAAACUUGACAAGGAGUCUACCCAUUUAAUUCCACUGGUUAACUUGGACAAAACUCUUUGUCACUCACUUUGUUCCAACUUUUUAUGAGUUGGAGUCCCUCUCAAGAUGUCACAAACUUACCUGGAGGUUCAUAUGUUUGAAAGGUGAAGAAGCUUGCUCCUAUCUUGCCUAAUUUGGACUUUUGGGUGUGAUUGUAUGCUGAUGAUGUCAUUAUUUAUUUCACUGAUACAUUCAAAGAUUUUGCAUCAUCUUGAAGCUUUUAUCUGCUUUUUUUCUGAUUUUCUGGAGCAUAUCUUUACAUAAAAUAUGUACUUUAUCAUCAGAGCUGCUUCGUGAUGUAGAUGUGUACCAUGAGCACUGAUCUUUGCUGUAUUUAUUGUGGCUAGCGUGACUGUCUGCCUGGCAAUGACUAGUUCUGCAAAUGAGGUCAUUUGCUCUCCUAGUGGAUUUAACUUAAAGUCUUCCCUCACAAUUUUAACAUUAGAUCUGACAUUAAGAGGUCAGAAGUGUUAUUUUUUUUCAUUUCUUUUGUUUUAAAUAGCAUGCUCAACUGACACUGAUGUAAUUAAGAUGAGCCAACAAAUGGAGUCUUUUUAUGACCCCACAUAUACAGUAGCUGAGGAAAUAUGGGAAAGAAGAUCUUGAUAGUCCUUAAAUUGGGAAACCAAUACUGAUCACAGUUGUUACUUUGCUGGUUAUUUUUCUGUUUUGACAACAUAAAUGAAGAGUGUCAUUGCUUUUGUAACUGUUGCAAUCAUUUAUUAGGGCCUAUGUCCAUUGACAAUAUGUGCAAAAACAAUGCCACGAUAGCCAAAUCUACCAACCACAGUUAUAGGUAGAUAAAGUUAGAGUAACAGUGUGAUUUGAGACAGACUGCUGCUCUUAUUGAGUCCUUUCGUCUUCAGCAUGUUUCGGCACAUUUAGGGGGUUUUGCAUUAGCAACUCAGGCCCAGAUCCAAGUAGAUAUGACCUCAAGGUCUUGUUCAUUUGAUCUUGUGAACACUAGAGUAUCAUACUUUGUCACUGUGCCCAGGUCCAGAAAAGGAAAAGUGGUGCACAUUGCCACCUACUGUAUCAGGCUGUGUACAUACACAAGGGUGCUUGGGUGCAGAAUGAGGUUAUGUGAAAGAAGACCAACAUGAGAGGGAAUGUGGAGCAGUCAUGCUUAGGAACAGAAAUGAUCAAUGUCAGAAUGACCUUAAGAGCAAAGUCAGACUAUAUGCUCACUGACCAAACAGCAGUACCGACUCCUUUAUGUCACAGCGAUGUUGGUGUUUACAGUGAGAGUAAAUAGCAGCCAAGCAAUCUGGUGUGUUUGUAGUCCAUUUUUCAGUUGUAACAGUAGUGAGUGUGCUCGUUUUGCAAAGCAUCUCUGCCAGUCUGUCUGGAGCUUUAAUGGGGUGGAAUGGGUCAGCUCAGUUUGACUUAAACCCAGCACCGCAGAAAUUAACAUAACUGACCCCAGGUUAGGAACCAGUGGUGUAGAAAACUUGCCUGUAGGUGUGUUUCAAUACAUCACUUGCUUGUUUUAAGUCAGUGAGAAAAAAGUGAGCUGUGGCUCUGAUCAUGGUCAAAGACUGCAAAUACUGUAACUCCUUACACUCACCCCUAAUGGUAGCCCCUGUAAAGCUCAGUUAAUCUGAAAAUGAACAGGUUAUAUUUCUGACAGGUUCUCUACAAAUGAAGUCCUCUUUGUUAUGUUGUUUGAAUUCUUUUAUAAUGAAAGAGUCAUAUCAGAAAAUGGACUGUUUUCAGUAGCAACUUACAUCUCAGCAGGAGAGAAGCAACACUUUAAGAUUAUUUAUUUUCUUAAUUUACAGAUUAAAAUCUACAUUGUGCUGGGAACUCAACACAGAGAUUUACAAAAACAUCUUUCUGUGAUUUAUCUACAGAAGGAUUUGAGUGUUAUGUUGAGGAGAAGGGGGUCAUAAUGUAAAUGCAUAAGGAAAAUGCAUUUCAUGCAUGAAUCUUUUAAUUUUGUGAUGUGAGGAUAUAAAUGGUUACAGCAUAGUAAAGAAAAUAUGCUGUGAUGUAAAUUUCAUGUCGUAUUUCCCAGCUCGAUGAUAGCAUAAUCUUUUAAUACAGCAACUUGAGUCACUAGAGGUUAGCAAAAACAAGAUUUUAGCUGCUUUUACCACCUCAGUUUGUUUCAGCAAAGCAAAGUAGAAGUAGGGAUGUAUCCCAAGAUGUGUCACUUCAUCAUUACGUCACAUAAAAACAUAAACUUAUAAGUUUUCCUGCAUGAUAUCUGGGGGUUGUCAGCACAUUUUUGCACAUUUUACUGUCAGCUUGGACCUUCUUGUUUUAAAAUGCUGCCUCUGUUUUUGCGCUCAAAGUUUUAUUCAGAAAGAAAAAUAUAUACAGAUAUGAGUAUAUACACAGAUAUGAUAUUUAUAGAGAGUUUUUGUGUACUUUACGUGUUGGAUAUGUCUGAAGGAUUGCUUUAAUUCUGUAUUUUCCUUUCAUCCUCUUCCUCCCUCAGUUUCAUUAGUGCUGUCAGAAAGCUUCUAACGCUGUUACACACCUGUAAACCAGAGCGUGUCAAAGCUUUUCACAAGUUCUCCCUCUCUUUAAAAAAAGGAAAAAAAAAAAAAAAAACCUGCAGCCCGUCAGACGGCACACACAUACACAGGCACAUCAAGCCCGGCAAGUCCACAUGGCUCUGAGAUCUUAAUCUUCGGUUUUCGGCGCCGCUCUUUACAGUUUGAAAAAAUCUGUUUUAGGCAGCCUCAUGGGGGAGGAAAGGUGAGAAAAAUAAAGCAGAGCAAGAGCUGAGGAGUAAGUAACAAGUGAGGAAGAUCAGGUCAUCCAGCCAGAAAAAGAAAAGUCUGUGGAGGUAGUGAACCGAAAUAUCUGAAAGAUGCUUCUGACAAGUUUUUUCCCCCAAAAAAGCCAAGCUUGAACUUCAAAUGUCUGCAAAGGUCAUUUUUGGUAAAGUGACACUCAUCUAUGACUUUGAUCUAAAAGAUGACAAACAAAAAUAAAGUUUUAAGUCCUUAGUGCCCAUAUUUUCUUUUUCUUAACUCUCCUCUGCCUUGUCUUUGUGAACAAAGACUCUGCCUCAGACUCAUUACAAUAUUUCGAGUGUAAACUGCAACCUUUUAUUUCAGAAGUUCACUAAAUGUACCCGAAGCAUCAUGAUUUUUUUGUCUAAAUUGCAUAUUUAUUGUUUCUGCAGUUAAAUCAGCUGUGGUAUUUAAGAGUGUGUGUUGUAGUGCAUGUAUAUAAACUUCCCUUGAUGUAAAACACUGCAGGCUGGAUUCAUUGUGCACCAUAAUAUGCGUUGUGUAAAAAUGUGUUGUCCUUGUUGUUGAAUUUGUGUCCA